AUGCUUCUGAGCAUAAGGUGGGAUGAGGCUUUGCUAAUAUUGCUAAAUUACUUGAAUGACUAUCCAGUCACCAUCACUUGUUUCUUGGUACUAUUAAUUAUAGCAUUGGGGAUUGCCAUAGAUUAUAUCAUUACUCCUAAAGAAAUUGCUAAUAUAUUCCCAAUUCCUGGUGAACUACCAUUUAUUGGACAUUUGCAUCUUAUCCUUGAGAAUCCCGCACUAAUCUAUUUGACUUGGUCAAAAUUAUAUAACCAAUCGAUUUUUCAAAUUCGGAUUGGAAAUAAACGAGUCGUUGUUGUUAAUAGUUUUGACGAUGUUGUUGGAUUAUGGGUUAACCAUAGUUGCCAAAACAAUUCCCGGCCAUUAAGCUAUACAUUUCAUGAUUUGGUAUCGGCAAUUCAAGGAUUUACUAUUGGGUCUACUCCAGCGAGUUUAACAUUUCAAAAAAAGAAGAAGACCAUCUCACAAUAUUUGAAUAAGCGACAAAUUGAAUUGAAACUGGAUACCAUUAAUCGUCAAAUAAAUAUCAUGAUUGGUGAGCUAUGGAAACGUGAUAAUGAAUUUGAAGACAUUAAUUUGUUACCGUAUUUCCAAAAAUUUGUUUUACAAACGGCAAUUUUCAUUGGGUAUGGGAUCGAGUUGGAUUGUUAUAAAGAACAUAGUCAGUUCUGUCAAGAAAUAAUUGAUAUUGAAAAUAAAAUCAUUCGGUUAAGAUCACCAAUUUCAAAUUUACAAGACUCAAUCCCCUUGUUGCGGAUUAUGCCUCGGUGGUUCAACAACUCGGAAAUUGCCCGAAUGUGUGGUGAAAGAAGAAAUAGCUAUAUGAAUAAAUUGUAUCAACAACUUCAACAAGGGCUAGCUGAAGAUUUGCCACAAUAUAAAAAUAGUAUAUUGGGAGAUUUAAUAACUAAGACUACGAAUACCCAGAAUAAUAAUGAUGAUAGUAGUGACACCAAUUGUACUUCUCACAAUAAUUGUUUAAACGAGCAAGAAAUCCAAAGUAUAUGUCUAACAUUAAUUAGUGCUGGACUAGAUAAUACUCCAUUGAGUUUAAACUAUCUAUUUGGAAUUCUAUCACACCCUAAAAUAGGCGAACACUUGCAAAAUAGGGCGAUACAAGAUAUUCUUGAAGAUUCUGGUGGUAAUAUAGUACUUGCCUGGGAAAAAGUACUGCUGUUGCAGGGGCAGAUGACCACUAAUCAACAAAACCCAAUGAAUUGUCAAUAUAUUGAAGCGUUAGUGUUGGAAACAUUACGACAUUUUACAGUAUUGCCAUUAAGCUUACCACGUUUGACUACGAAGGCGAUCCGAUACAAAGAUUUCGUUAUUCCUAAAGAGACACAUUUAUUUAUGAAUGCUUAUUCUGCAAAUCAUGACUGCCAGAUUUUUGUUAACCCCUAUAAAUUUGAUCCUGAUCGAUGGUUGGAUCCAGUAUCAAAUAGCAUCAAAUCUCAGUUUUUGAAUUUCAUAAUCAAUAACAACAGUAAAAGCAGUAGUGGUCAUGGUCAUCAAUUCAAGUCUCUUCAUAGUCAUCAACAUUUUGCCUUUGGUGCAGGUUCAAGAAUGUGUUCUGGUUAUAAUUUGGUGAUUAAACAAAUGUAUGUCAUGAUUAUUAAAAUGCUAUUGAUAUUUGAAAUCCACCCACCUACUAAUAUCAAGAAAUUAAUGGAAUUAAACCCUUUUAAAAACAAUCUGAACCCAAAAGGUACAUCGUUUGAACCGAAAACUAACCAUAUAAACUUAAAGUUCCGCAAACUACCUAACUAUAAAUCGCUACACGAAUUAGUAUUACACCAAAGUUAA